GGCAUGAGCUCACAAGAACAAAAAGAGCUCCUCCCUACCUCUCUCCUCUGUAUCAACCAUGUUGCAUAUUUGUGCUCCUCUGUAGAAAAAUCUCUCAAGUUCUAUCAGGAGGUGCUAGGGUUUGAGCUGAUCGAACGGCCACCGUCGCUCGAUUUCAAAGGAGCAUGGAUACACCAAAACGGGAUAGGCAUACAUUUGCUGCAGCGGAGUACGGAUGUCGAUGCACCGGCGAAGCCGUCGGUGAUCGAUCCGACGAGCAACCACAUUUCCUUUCAAUGUGGUAACAUAUGGAUAUCAAAGAAGAAGCUGGAAGACAUGGGAGUUGAGUACGUGAGUCUGGCGGUUGGAGAUGAAGGGGUUGUGUCGGACCAGCUCUACUUCCAUGAUCCCGACAGAAACGCCGUCGAGUUAUGCGACUGCAGGAAGCGCUUCUUGAAGAACCGCAUCAAAUGAUUAGAAGUUCCACUACGGCUGAAGGGCACAGUAAUAAACUAUUCUGCAGAUAUGC